GGGUGGGGGCAUGAAGUGUGCGUGUGCGCGUGCAGGUGUGAGUGCUGGCUGUGGCGUUCAGACGACCAUCAGCAGCAGGACAGAGAGGAUCAGAGCUCUAUGUAGCUAAAACACUGAGAGGGGUGGCCCUCAGAUAAAAUAUAAAAAUCAAAGAAUAAGAGAAAAAAAAAUAGACAAGAAGAAAAAAAAAUGGUUGCAGAGGAGGUCAUCAUUACACUGUCCGGUGGAGUGCCAUGGGGGUUUCGUCUUCAGGGAGGUGUGGAACAUCAGAAACCGCUCCAAGUUGCUAAGGUACGUAAACGUAGCAAAGCAUGCAGGGCUGGACUGCGGGAGGGUGAUGAGCUGGUGUCCAUCAACGAACAGCCGUGUGGAUCGCUUUCCCAUGCCCAGGCUAUGAACCUCAUCGACAGCUCCCCUGGAAUAUUAAACAUUCGUGUCAAAAGGGCACCUGUGGCUUUUCAGUCUGUAGUACUUGUUCCCCGCGCUCCAUCUCCAAGGAUAGACAAAGAGUACCGUUUUGCUCUAAAAGCCAUGUCACCAACCCAACCCCAUCAUGCACCUGUCCGUGAAGUCCACCGUAGCCGCUCUUCUUUGACCAGUGGCCUGACCUCCCCACCUGGUAGUGAGGCCUACUAUGGCGAGACUGACAGCGAUGCAGAUAUAGCAGGUUAUGAGAGGCAGCGACGUCAGAAACGCCGAAGCCCCAGCAACUCCAGCUCUGGAAAACCAAGUGAACGAACGUCUCCAGAGGGUGGGGAGACAUCAGAGAUGAGUGGCUAUGACAGUGCUCCAGAUGCACAGGUUUUCUCACGUUCAAUGAACGGACGGGGAGGAAAUGGAAAGGAAGGUGGCUUGCCAGGGGUAGCAAGGAAGGAAGUGAUUUUCCACCCUCCUGGUCCAGGAAUGUGGUCCUCUCAGACAUCCACUGAAACCUCCUCCGUCAUCUCCUCAGCAGAUGACCAGGGCCCACGAGAUGGAGCACAAGAGGAAGACAGUGGAUUUCUAGAACCAGCUAAUGUUCCACUGGUGUCACCUGAGAGGGCAAAGGAGGCUCUAAUGUUGGGCUCCCGCAGCCAGCUUGUGCCCAUGGUGGGUCCAGUAAAUAAACCAAUAGACGAGGAGCUGACAACAACCUACAUGGAGAAGGCCAGACAAGCCAAACUGAACCGAGGAGACACAGUGCAGGACAAACAAGUGAAGGAAGCCAAAAGUAAGUGUCGAACAAUUGCAUCUCUACUGACAGAUGCCCCUAACCCUCACUCCAAAGGGGUGCUGAUGUUCAAGAAGAGAAGACAGCGUUCCAAGAAGUAUACUCUCACCAGCUUUGGUAGUGUUGAUGAAGACAGAUGUCAGGACUCACAAGAAGAGGAUGGAAUAAUUCCUGGCAGUGAAUCUGAGUUUGAUGAGGAGGGCUUCUCCUCGGUUCCAGACCCAACUUGGGAUAGCGACUACCUGGAUAAGCUAGAGAAGAGGGCAACAGCAGGUGUAGAAGGUCGUGGAGAUGGAGCAGAAGAUGCUCCAAGUCCCGGUUUGAGUGACACUGCAGGAAAAGGUGCCCAGUUGUUUGAGCAGCAGAGAAAAAGGGUGGAUGAGCUUGCCAAAAAGGUAGAAGCAGCACAACCUCAAGUAUCUACUGAAUCUCAAGUACAGGAUCAUUCUCAGAUCUAUUCAUUGCAUCGUGAAAUGCACGCACAAGUACAACCAAACCAAAGACCUCAGGAGUCACCAUCUGGCCUUACAUUCACACAGCCUCAGUCUCAAGUAGAUGUAGCCAAUGCAGUUCCGUAUGGGGAUCACUCUACAAUUAGCACAGCUAACAUAAUGAUGUCUCCACUUAUGGCUUUCAAUUCAGCCACAGCUACUGUGAAUGUUCUGAGCAGCCCUGCACAACCUGCUGAAACACCACUACCUGAAUUACCUGCAAGUAAUGUUCUAAAUAGAACGGCACGUCCUUUCACCCCUGGCUUUAUCAGCAUUCGAGCUGCGACUGCUCCUGUAACUUUCCGACCACCUGUCACAAAGAAGAGUCAGCAUCUUUCCUCAGCAGCGGUUGUGUCUCCACCCUUUUCCACUCCUUCUGAAAUAUCUUAUAAUCCAGCACCUGUAACUUCACAAUUACCCUUUGUUCCUACACCAGUGCUCUCCCCAUCAUACUCCAUCACUCAAGGUUCCCUGGCCCUGACACCAGAAGUUCCUGUUAAUAUUCUCCAUUCAGCCAUUUCUUCUUCUAAAGACACAAUGCAAUCAUCACUGGCAAUAAGUGGUUUUCAUCAGGCCCCAUUUUCAACUGUGACUCCAGUGUCAAUACCUUCAGCACCAAGACCUCCACAAGUACAAAUGGCACCAGUCCCCAAUUCUACUAGCCAAAUUCCUGGCUCAACUGAUCUAAUGGCCUCAAUGCCUCCACAAAUGCCAGCUGCUCAGCCACAACCCCCUCAGUUUUCCAUGCCACCAGUAGCUCAAGUGCCAGUGAUCUCUCAGCCUGAAGUUGUAGCUCCAACUCCAGUUCCUGGCCCAACAGGCCGUACUGGAAUCUUAAAUGAAGCUAGACGGCGGAGUGGCAAACCCAAACCUAUGUUCAUCAUACCAGAGGUGAAGAAGAACUCCCCUAAUCCUGAUCUUUUGUCAAUGGUGCAGAACCUGGAUGAUAGGUCCAUCAGAUAUAAAUAUGGUCAACCACCCACUGAAGUUAUCUAUGAUGAUACAGAGGAGGAAAGGAUUGGUGAGGUUGACAUGGGAAGGGUGCCUCCCCCAGUUGCACCUAAACCUCGAGUCACUCAUGAGGCCCCACAGAUUAUUCAAGCAGGAGGCAAGGGAGCUGAAUUGUUUGCCAAAAGGCAGAGUCGUAUGGGAAUGUAUGUAGUGGAUACCCCUCAUGAGACACCUUACCAGCAGAGUUUGACCUUGCAAAAUGCAGCUCACCUACAUGACUCAUAUGUCGGUACUCCACUUCCCUCUCAAUGGAAAUACUCCCCAAAUGUUCGUGCACCUCCACCUAUUGGUUACAACCCACUCUUAGCCCCUUCUAUCCCAUCAGGGCCUCAAAGAGAUCUAAAACAAAAUAAAAAGGGAAGUGGGAACUUCCAAAAAGAAGGUAUCAAAGCUGUUGAUUUUAUGAAGAGGCAGCCAUAUCAGCUCAACUCUGCUAUGUUUCAGUAUGGCGGCAGUGUUGCUAAUCUAGCUGCCAUGCCUUCUUACCAAGCCCAACAGGAUAACUACUCAACAAGAAUGGUAGGUAAUUCAUUAACCUCACCACGACAAAUUCCUCUCAAAACUGCCCGUGUCUAUGAAAUCAAAAGAUUCUCCACACCCACACCCAUGUCAGGUCCAUCUCUGACACCCAAAGUCAUUGCACCUCGCUCAGCCACAACCCUCGGAGAACGUUUGACUGAUUCCAGCAUGACCUCACCACCUCAUGCUUUUUUCAAUCCAACUCCAGUCACUCCAGCACCAGUCACUGUUUCAUCAUCCUUUCAACCAGCAGGGCUACCCAGCCUCCCCAAAUUCUCUGCUACUCCUAUUCCACACCCUGUACCUCCAUCAGUCCCCACACCCUACAAUCCAGUGUCAUACACAACUGGGCUCCAGACAGCCAAGCAGUUUCAGAGUGCUCCUGAGCUCAGCAUUUUUGCUUCUUUGCCCCCACUGAAGACCAAUCCAGUUCAGGCACCUAAACCACAUUUUGUUGCCACCAAGGGACGUGCUCAGCCCCAAGUCUGGAGGCCAGGAGCUUUUUAGAUAACAACUACUGUAAGUUAAUCACUGAUAGAAAAUCAAUCAAUUUUAGCUGUUAUACAUUGAUGUACAUUACUCCAACUGAUAGUUCAGAUCUUUUAAGGUGUUUUGGAAAGGUUAUCAAUGGGUCAUAUCUUACCCAUUAUAGAUUACUUUUUGACGAGAUUAACAAGCCAAUGGCUGCCUUUUUGAAAAUG